AUGGCCGAUUUCGAAAACAGCAUGAUGGACGAGUCCUUCGCGGCGUCCGAAGCUGCGGACGAUCAGUCUCACGGCAUGACCGCUAGCGCGACGGUCGGUACAAGACGGCAAGCGAACGGCACAAUUGGCUCUGUGUACUCCGGCAACAAGAUUCGGCACCUGAAGAAAGAUGAUGGCAUACCCCUAUGGCGCAAAGAUAUCCAGUACCAAUUCCUGAAGCUGGUCUUUGAGGACAAAACGCCCGUUUUUACGCGGUAUCCCGACGGACAGAAGGGAUUGGACUUCGCCGAUGUCUACAUCAAUGCAAUGGCCCGGAGCAGCAAGACCAGCAAGAUUCUGAAGGAUAAGUUACAGAACGACAAACCUGCGGCUAUCAAUAUGGCUAUGGUCUGUCUGCUGGUCAAUUUCGGUCGCAUGAACACUACCUUAAACUUCUUCCCCGAAAUGCGUGCUCAACUCCGAACCUACCACUCGAUUCCCUCACUACAAGCGCAUCAGGACUCCAACGCCUACAAGCAGCUGCAGGAUGCUCCUCGUCUCAAGUCCAUCCUCAAGGGCGCCUCGGAGGAUGUAGACCAACCGAAUACUUUGGAGAAGAUUAAGCGACAAAAUAUACCUCGAACCAACCCAGUGAACUUGAUAUUUGUCCUGGCGCAGUAUGCCCCCAAAGUGUCAGAAACACAUUUCUUUCCUCCGCGAGACUUCUUCGACCUGGUCAUGAGAUCUACACUUAGCAGCCAAAGUCGCGCUAGGGCGUUCCUUUGGCUGAUGUGGUGGUACCUAGAAAGCGAUUUCAGUCGUGAGGCUGCUCUGAACAAUCCAUUUGGUCCGGGUGUGGAAGGCGAGGGGUCCGAGGGUCUUCCUCUGAAAGUACCUCCCUUUGACAUCCUGACAGAGGAACAAGCCAGUGAGGAGAAUUUAGAUACACCUGAGGAACAGGAGUACGGGGAGUCUAAAAGACUAGAGCGCAAGCGCAUCCUGGAAGAAGAGGAACCACUACCGCGCAUUCCCAAGCGCCCCAAAAAAGAAUACGGCUUUGACGAAGAAUCAUUCGCAGGAGAUUACUCUGGUAUGGGAGGUCGUGGCUCUGCUAUGUCCACCCCUCUCCAUCCUUCUGCUAAACGCAGCUUGGAUGACGAGGACGAUGAUAUGACCCCUGGCCACUCUCGUCCGCGCCCUAAACAGGCCAAGCGGGAGUCAUCACUUAAUCGAGCUGCGGGCCAACAGCGACUCAUCUUGAAAACGAGGAUGGAACAUACACCUGAUGCUUCCCCCGCUCCUCCGGGUCCCAAUCAUCCAGUCCUUAAUCGCUUUAUUACAGAGCCCUCGCUUUCUUCAGCACCUACUAUGCGUCGGAUGCGGCCACUUACACAGCACCAGAUAGCCGUGGAGCAAAAUCGUCGGCAGAGGAUUGACUAUCUGCUGGCCAAACGUAAAUCAAACGCAUACCGCGUUCUCCGUGCUAAACGGGAGAGUGAGAUUCCUUUCGCGCGCUACGGUCGCUUGCUUCAGGGCCUGCCCGAGGGCUACGAUACAGAUGACGAAGAAACAUCAUGGGGCAAGGGUGGCCUCUUCCCAAACCCGGAAGAAGAGGAUGACUUUGGAGAAUGUGCAAGCGUCUUUCUCUCUGUAGUGCGAAAGGCUGCCCGCCGGCUCGACCGCUGGGAUUAUACAGAAGCCAAUGGCCCCAAGAAGGAUCGCAAGAGGGAGCGCGAGGAGCGAUACCAGGCCAAAGCAGCCCUGGAAGCUGAUGUACGGAACUCCAACAACCGAUCUCGUCCACGUCCUCGCCCUAGUGCUGCUGCCAAGCGCAAGUCUACGGGUGUUACAGGCACCCCUGGCACUACCAAGAAAGCCGCGGCGUCACAGGCUAAGGGCACACACGCCCAUCCUGAUGGGUUGGGAGCUGGGCCAUCAGCUGUGGGUACCCCAAGCUGGGACCCGGAGCACGGACCCGAGGACUACAUAGAGGGGGAGCUGGACGAUCUUGACCGCGAACUCCUUGGCGAGAAGAUGAUGGACGUGCCCCCCCGAGCCGAUGAGGAAGGGGACUUCUCUGACGAUCAGGACGACGAAGAAGAUGUGGACGGUGAUGAAAAUUCCUCAGCCUAUGAAGGCGCCAAUGGUUACGCACGACAUGAAGCCUCGUCCCCUGCCCCGAGGGGUCCAGCUGGCCCACGCGGGGAAGGUUAUGGAGACGACGCGAUGGAAGACUAA